GGCACAAUUAAAGUUUAAGAGGGAGGGGAAAUCUUUAUUGAAACUAAUCUUCAGGUGAAUCUGCAGAGAUGAAAAUCGACAUUCAUACUCACAUUCUGCCCAAGAUGUGGCCUGAUCUAAAACAGAAAUAUGGCUAUGGAGGAUGGGUCCAAAUGGAACAAAUCUCCAAGGGGGAAGCAAAAAUGAUGCAGGACGGAAAAGUCUUCAGAGUUAUCCAAGAAAAUUGCUGGGAUCCAGAGGUUCGGAUUAAACAGAUGGACCAAUCAGGGGUCAAUGUCCAGGUUCUAUCCACAGUUCCUGUCAUGUUUAGCUAUUGGGCCAAACCACAUGAUGCUUUAGACCUUUGCCAAUUCUUAAAUGAUGACUUAGCCGCCACAGUAAAGAAGUACCCAAAGAGAUUCGUUGGCCUCGGCACACUCCCCAUGCAAGCUCCGGACCUGGCAGUGAAGGAAAUACAUCGUUGUGUGAAUGAGCUUGGAUUUCCUGGGGUCCAAAUAGGGUCUCAUGUUAAUAACUGGGACUUGAAUGCCUCAGAACUUUUUCCAAUCUAUGCUGCUGCUGAACAAUUAAACUGCUGUCUCUUUGUGCAUCCCUGGGAUAUGCAGACAGAUGGCCGGAUGUCAAAAUACUGGUUUCCCUGGCUUGUAGGCAUGCCCUCUGAAACAACCAUUGCUAUUUGCUCCAUGAUUAUGGGAGGGGUUUUUGAAAUUUUUCCUAAACUGAGAGUUUGCUUUGCCCAUGGAGGUGGUUCUUUUCCAUACACUGUUGGGCGUAUUUCCCAUGGAUUUAACGUGCGGCCUGACUUGUGCGCAGUAGAUAAUAACAUUGAUCCGAAGAAAUAUCUUGGUUCUUUCUACGCAGACUCACUCGUCCAUGAUAAAUGUGCCCUGAAGCUGCUGAUGGAAAUAGUGGGAAAGGACAAGGUAAUGUUGGGAACAGAUUAUCCAUUUCCACUUGGGGAACAUGAACCUGGAAAACUAAUUGAAUCCAUGGAGGAAUUUGAUGACGAAAUUAAGGAAAACCUCAAGUCUAACAAUGCUCUUGCAUUUUUGGAUCUUGACAGACGGCGGUUUGAAUAACACUAGAACUACUUCAAAUACUUGUCAACUACAGUACGCUAAGUCUGUAUGCACAAUCAUAACAGUCAUGCCCUUUUCUGUUUGCAACCCCUUGCCAGUUCCAAAUAAA